CCUCGCAGCGGGUGGAUUUACGCUCGUCUGUACCGGCUAUUAAACGCACGUUACGAUUAAAACAUUGCCACUGACCAACAGAAAUGGCCGCCGUACCGGGUUAAAAAUACCGCGAUAGUUUUUAUUGCUCGAUAAACCAGUGAAUUUAUCUACUUAUUAUUUUAUAGCCUCAAUCAGUAGACGCUUUAGUUUGUCGCGUACCCUUUACAUGGAUGUUACUGUUAAUAAAUAAAUACGUUCAAUUAAAGUCGAGUAAGUAGCGUGUGUGUCGUGAUUUUCCGUUACUUAUGUCUCUUCUUUAAUUCGUGGAAUAUAUACACAAGAAAGAAAGUUUAAAAAAUUAUUGUAAUACAUAUACAAAUAUACAAAUUUUUUGUAAACUUGGGUGAAGAGUGCCGUGCGAUUAGAGUGCAUUCUAGUGUUCCCUGUGUGUGUCACGCUAAGCCAUUUUUAAGUUUUUAUUCCUGAGGAUUUUUUACUGUGAACCUGAACGUUGGAUUAAACGAUUUUCGCGCUUGUGAGAAUCUCUGCCAACCGAAGAUUUUAUUGUGCUCAACAAUUGGAAAUUGUGGGUUGUUCCUGGCCCCUCAAGUUUCGAUGGUUUCCGGCGACAUCCGGUGAACGCUGACUCCUCCUUCACACCGAUUGAAGUCAUGCUUGGUGAAAAAGUCAACCAAACUAUAGCGGAAGUGGAUUGUUAACGUCAAAGGAAGAAGGCGUAGUAAGACAAAGGAAAGCUCCUGCACCAAUACAGCAUCAACACAAUGAGAAGUUUCCAAAUCUGGCACUGAAAAAUAAAAACUCAUCUUUCAGCAUAUUGAUAUUGACCCAUCUAAAAUGUUCAAGAAUCAUCACUGGACGUGGGAAGCCUCAUACGAAUGUGAGGCUUAAAUUUCUUGUGAAUUAGAUCGAGAAGCCUUCGACGAAACGUAAAUAUCUUUUAUCCCUACAUCACUCCAUCCUUCAUCGUUGAUUCUUCGGUCAUGACAGAAAGAACCGUCGAACAACCGAAAUGUAAUCAACAUUGAGGAUAAACGGAUUACCCUUUGGAUCCAUUACAAUCAGUCUAUUGUACAACCUCGUCGAUCUCAAGAUUUCAAUCCACUUGAGUAUGUCAACGCCAACGCAAACAUUUUUGGCGACGUUCGAUGAGAGAUGGAACGUUUAGAGUACCGACGAAGGAUUAGAGAUUUAAAAACUUUGGACGAUCAAUCAUCGAUUUGGAAAGCUAAAUACUCUUGGAUCGCUGGAUUUAAUGAAGAUAAAUCAAUUAAAAUAAUGGUUAACUAUUCAAUAAGGAAGUUUGCAUGAAAUAUCUUGCAAAUUUGUUAAAUUCCAUUGUUCUUUAUCUUAACUUCUACCUAAGUACACUCGGCAAUCACAGAGGUGGUGGAAAGAGAUUCGAGUGGUCAAGUGGAGUAACUAAAGGAACUUCCUGAAUACAGUUUGACGUCAACAAAAAGUUAAAUUGUCCAACAAGAGAGAAUUUAAACCGCACGUUCGUCUCAAUUGUCGAACCAACAGUUUGUUCGAUAGUGCAAUAGUGGUGAAUUCCAGUGACAAUCUUAGUAUAAAAAAUUUAAAACUUUUAUUUAUUAUUUUCAUUAUUAAUUACUACCGAUUGUUGUGCUGUGAGAAAAGUUUUCGUGCUUUCCCGGUCAGUAAUAAACUGUGAAAUACAGUGGCUGUUGCUCUUUACUGCAGUGUUGUGAGAUAAAAUAAAAUAAUAUAAAAAAAGAGCAACGCAAAGUGUAAUACGCAGAAGAAACAAGUUAACGGACCAGUAGAAGUUUAAAGAAAGUUCGAAACCGAAGCGAUACUACUUUGAAAACUAAGUUUUGUCGCGUCGUAAAGACGUUUUUACUUUGCCACUAUUUCCGGGGCAAGUAUAUCGAUCGAGCCAAGUAAAAAAGGGAAAUAUAAAAUAGCUAUAAAAUAAACUUAAAAAUAAAAGAAAAGUGUAUUCCUUCCCGUCAAGUGUCCUUAAGUUCAUUUAUCGUUUUUACUUGAUAUAAAGAAGAAAAUAUUCUAAACGAAAUAAUAAAAUUUAAUAAAAGGAUUAAAAACAACCAGCAGGGGGAUAUAAAAUAUAAAUUGUGAUGAGACAGAUAGACGACUGUUGACUGUGAAAAAAUGAUGGAGAUUGUAAGGACAAGAAGAAUGAUAACGCAGGUUAUCCUGCUUCUCCUUUUCACUCAGCUGACACAUGGAUCGAGUGACGGAGGACCUAACAGUCCAGUAUUCAACCUGGACCAAACAGCGUUGGAGAAAAAUAUCGCUGCAAUAUUUAAUAAAGUAGCACAUAGUUCAGCGACAACGAAACGAAGUGUUCCAGCUUAUGAAGCUCAAGUAUCAGCUAGCACAACAUUAUCAACAGUUCCAUCACCUUUAACAACAACAACAACACCUCCAGUGCCGUCAUUCAGGUAUCCAAUAUCUCGAGUCACAAUGUCACCAGCAUACAGAGAGAUGCCAUCAUACGCGCCACCCUCUAGAGCUUCUUUCACGCCUCCAUUGCCUGCAGAGUAUCUAAAUCCUUUUGCUAACAAGCCAACUCUUCGGGGAACAAACUCCGAGUCGCACUCAGGCGUGAGAAGACCUAUUCCACGGCCAAGUCUCAUGCCGACAGCACAUGAGAGAAUACCUAUAAGACCACCAGACUUAGUUCAAAGUUCUGUCCAGCAGCCAGAAAAGCCUCCUACACGUAAUAAAGCUUUAAAUACUCCAAGCAAAGAGCAAAAAGUUCAAGAAGCUACUGAAGAAAUUGAAAGAAAAAAUAACAGUAAUGAUUAUCUUCCCACUCUUCAUUCAUCAAGUAUUUCUCGGAUAUUAUCGGGUAGUAAUGGAAGGAAACAAGAUAUUCCGGAAGUUUUAUUGAAGCCAUUGUCGACGAAAGUUCCAUUAAUUGAAGUUCCAGCAGUUUCAACUACACAAAGAUCUACCACUACUACGACUACCAUGAAAACUACUACUGGAAUUGCAAGAUCUGUUACUUAUCCGACAAUCUUGAAUCUACCCAACACGAGGAGACAAGAAGAACAUAAAAAUGAUGAAGGAUUAAAGACUGAGCAGAUUGAAAUAGUUGAUGCGGAACGGCUACCAUAUCCUCAGCCCCAACCACCAGCUCCAUCAAAGAGACCAGUUGAUAAUGACCACAAUGUGCCUCAAGUGGAUACACAUCCUUUAGAGUCAACUUGGAGAAUUGCUUGGUCACUUCACGUCUAUUUCGCUGCUAUUACAUUCACUUUGAUGGCCCUAUACUCCAUCUAUAAAAUAGUUCGCUUCAACGAGGCUACGAAUCUUUUCACGCAGUCUUAUUUUCUAACUGUCCAUCUCUUAUUGACGACCAUCUGCACAUUCAGAUGCUUUCAUUUGUUCUACGAUGCAUAUAACUUAGGAAGAUCAUUGGCUGAACCACUCUCUCAAGUGUUAAUGUACCUUCCUGCGCCAUUGCUGUCAACAGCAUUCGCCACGCUCGUCAUUUACCUGGCUAAAUGCUCAGAAGCACCUUCGUUAAACAACAAAUUUCUAUCUCCAAUGGCUUUAGCACUCUAUUCAACGGUCCAUAUCGUCCUUUGCAUCUCGCUGCAUGUAUCAACUCACGUGCUAGGUUACGGAGGUACAAGGAUUUUCCCAUUGGUUUGCCAAUGUAUCUAUAUCGUGGUCUGCGUGACUCUAGGUCUUUGCUACAUGUAUGUGUACCGAGUAGUGCGGUCUCAGAUAAACCUGACGAGCAACAAGUCGGUAGGUCCACAUGUGGCAGGCGAUCCAACCACCGUGGCGCUUGGCACUGCAAUUACUACAACCAUUGCCACCGCAUUGCUAUUCAUACUUAUGGGUUUCGUUCAACUUUAUGGCAUCUUUGGAGUACGUGAAAGAGAACCACCAUAUCCAUGGCUUUGGUGGGGAUGGGAGUUUUCAGUUAGACUUCUGGAGCUCUCCAUUUGUGGAUUACUCGCAUGGGUCGCGAGCUUGUCACAAUUUCCGUUACGAGAGAAACAGUUGCAACAACAUUCAGCCCAUUCUGGAUUUGCACUUUUUCCCUGUGGCAGCUCCACGUCCACGGAAAAUAUGGAUGACGUUCUCUACCCAGCAAUUUGCAGCACUAACCAGGCCAUUCAAAACUACACGAUGCGUACGGGAAAACAGGUAUACGACGACAGUUUUCCCUUGAAUACCCUGCCAGAGCACUUGAAUAUUUCCGGCACGUUCGAACGACAUUCCAUACGUAAAUCAGGUACCAUGGGACACUUUCCCCACGAGGGAAGGGGUUCUCUUCAUCGCCAUGGUAAUGGUGUUCAAACCCUACGAGCCUCUGAAACGAGAGGAAGACACACUCCUGUUCAAGGUUUGCACGAACAAGUACCAGCUACUGGAUCAACCAUGCUCGUUGCUGAAGACGGGUUUGUUAGAUUUCGUAGUUUAGGUGCUGAAGAAGAAGACCUCUCCGACUCACAAAGUAUUGUUGGUACUCAUGGAAGAGGCAAUUCACUCACUGGCAGUGUCAGGUACAGUGCGAGGCACACACCAGCACAUCAACAUUCCCAUCAGCACCCUCAACAGUACUCGCACCAACACUCGCUCCAGCACUCGCAUUCCAAUCAAAUCCAUCACCAAGCCCACCAUCAGAGCCACCAUCAACUCUACAAUAAUACGUAGAAACUGUGUCGGGUGGCUCGCGUCGAUUGGCGUUCUCCAAAGCCGCUCGUAAACAAGUUGUUUCCUGCAACGAGACACGUCAUCGUCAGAGCCGAAGAUGCAACUACGAGGAUCUGUCCUCUGCCAACCCGACGUUCUGUAUUUGAAGAAAUAAUUUAACGUUAAUGAGUGUAAAAUAUGUCCCAUGUAUAAAAAAACCACCAACGUAGAAGUGGAAUCUCGGUCCCCUAAAAAUCCCCUCUUUAAAAACUAAAGAAUCCAUUUAAAUUAAUGAUUCACUAAAAAUAAACUAAAUAACAUUGGAAUUUUAUUUGACAAACUUCAAUCAUUGAAAAAAGAUCGAUGUAUGCUUUUUGAAACGAUUGCUAAAUUAUUUUGAUGUUCGAUUAAACGAACAUAUUAAAAUUCAUAACAAGGUAUAGCACUGACUUAUCUAGACUUUCUGUAUUAAGUUAUAGAUAGUAAAUAAAUGAAUGCUUCGAAUUUGAAUUUAAUUGCAUUAUUGGCAAAAAGUACUUAAUGAAUCUUCAUAGUGAAGGUAAUUAUUUGAUAAACAUAAAUAAAAGAAUUAAGAAAAAAUGUUUAUGAUUAAAUGGAAAAAUAAAAAAAAACUUUUUGAAAGAUGCACAAAGAUUAAAUCUGUUGCUUAAUAAAAUUUUAAACUCUACAACUAUAACUAAAUAUCAAGCUGAAUAUCUUAUCAGCUAAUUUUUAUUAAGAGUAUUAAAGUAUUAAUCAAUGCAUUGUAAUACUGAAUUUUUAAACGCUUUAAUAAAAAAAAGUUCAUAAAUAAAUAAAUAAAAUAUUUAUUAAUUGAUUAAUCUUAGUGCAUCUUUCAUGCAAUUAUUGUAGAUAAUCAUUCACAUUCGAAGUGACUCGCUAUACGAAGACAAAACAGGAAUGUUGUAUGGAUAUUAUUUUUAAGAAAAAUAAUAACUAUUGACCGUGGGGUCCAAAAUAAAAAAGAAUAAGAUUCCCUUUAUAUUGCACGAGAGGGGAUAGAAAUAAAAAGAAAACCGAGCUCUGGUGUCGUAUUAACAUAAAAUAAAAAAAAUUAUAUGGUGAAAUUAUAUAAGUAAAAUUUGUACAGUAAAUAUUUAAUUAUCGCUCAGUCCUUUCUCGAUGAGACUUAGUUAGUUUAAUAAGAAUAAAUAAAAUAAAAUAAAUUGCCCAAGAAUAAUAAAAUAACGUUAAUCAAUUUUUAACGUUUAAUAUUCAAUAUGAAAAAUUAUCACAAUAAUAAACUAAUGUAAAAGGAAAUAAAUUAACUAAAUGGUAAUCAACAGUGUGUAAACUUUGAAAAACUUUUUACUUUACUGAAUGUGCCAGAGAUUUUAUUUUUUUCCUCACAAAAAUACUAUGUAAUAUUGUUUUUUUUUUUUUUCUAAAUAAACAAAAUAACUAUGUUGGCCAGCAACUCGAUUAUAAAUUAUUAUUUGUAUUCGAGAAUUUAUGGUACAAAAUAAUCCACACACUUCAUGUUCACGCUUUUCACAGACUAAGUGAUGUAUAUGUUUAUACAAUGUAAAUAUUAUAAUUAAUUAAUUAAUUUUUCGAUCGUACCGAUUAACUGUAUUUUCUUUAGUAUUAAUUAAAAUUAAAAAUAUUAUUUACUUAAGGUAGUAACAUUUGUAUACAAAAAUGUGAUUCUAUUAAAUUAAUAAUUAAUUUAUAUAUAAAGAGAUUUUGAAUGUAUUUAUUACAUUUGUUUAUUAAAUAAUUAACUAAGUAAUUAGUCAACUUGUUGGAUAGUUGAUUAAUUAGUUAAGUCAUUGAUUGAUUGAUUAAUGUGAAACUGCCAGUCGCCUUUUACCAUUCAAAUGUCUUUAGUAUUUCUGUAGUUACUGUAUUUUCCAAUGUAUUGCUGUAUACAAUUUUUUCUGAUAUUUAUUUACGAAAAUAGUAGGAUUUAAUUUUAUAAUUGCAUCUUAUGUUGCUUAUGCUGCACACAUACACAGCAAAUAUGCUUUGUGUCUUUCUUAACUGACGAAUUUUAAUAUGAAUUUUAAUUAGUUAUAAAUUGAGGUAUUACAAAGAAUCUGUAAGAUGAAGUUAUAUACGUUGGAACAAAUGUAUUGAAUAAAUAUAAAAUGAAAGGCUAAAAUUGAUUGAUCCGUCGACAAAUUGAAUAAAAAUUUAUGACAAAAAUUAUAUAUAAAUGUGAAAAGUAAUGUGGAAAAGAGUAUCUUGUACUAAUUUAACGCUGUAAUUUAAAUGAGAGAAAUUUUUUAUGUGUAAUUUAAAUAAUUAGAAAAUGAGUAAAAAAGAGGCGUAUAAAUUAUAAAUAUAUAAAUAUAUAUAAAAUAAUCUUAAGAUUCUUCGAAAUAUGAAAACGCGGAUACUUAAUCGAAGUCUGUAAAAAUAAAUUGUAUCAUACCUGUACAAAAUUAAUAGAAGUGGAAGAUAUACACCAAAAAA